AUGAUCGAAUCUGUUCCUACUGGCCGUGGAAUUCAAGGAUAUUCAUAUACCUCUGUCACCCUAAAGAAAAUAGCUACAGUGAUACCUGCAAAGCUGCAGCGCCAGAAUUACUUUUUCUGGAAGCUACUUUUCGAGCAAAUCUUUAGUCGUUACAAGCUCAUGGGAAUUAUUAAUGGCAGCGAACCUUGUCCAGCUCAGUUCUUGACGGACAAGGAAGGAAAUGAUCUCACUGAUCAAAUUAAUCCAGCGUUUGAGAUUUGGCACGACAAGGAUCAGGCCAUGUUAACCUGGAUGAGGUCAACAUGUUCGGAACACGUCCUCCCAUUCACAGCAGGACUCGCUUCGUCGCGUGAGCUUUGGCUAAACCUCGAGAAGAGAUUUCAGGUUGUUGGCGUGUCCUCGGAGUAUAGGAGAAACCUGGCGGCCGCUGCUUUAGCAACAACCGACAUUUGCGAUGCACAUCCUGACCUUCUGGCCAGUGGAGACCUGCGUCUUGUGCCGCAAGUGUUCCAGAAAUAUGGAAAAUGGCAGGCAUUCGCAGGCCCUGUCGUGACGCUGAAGGUGUUUGAGGACAAUACUUUGGUUAUAGAGCUUCUCUCCACGAAAGGCGAGGGUAGGGUUUUAGUGGUUGAUGGAGGAGGAAGCAUGCGACGUGCUGUCACCGGAGGGAUGCUGGCUCGGUCGGCUGAGAUUAUGGGAUGGGCUGGGAUUGUGAUAAAUGGUUGCGUGAGAGACGUGGAUGAGAUCAAUGAAUGUGAGAUUGGGUUGAGAGCUUUGGCAACUUGUCCAGUGAGACCUAUCAAAAACGACUCUGGGUCUGGCCAAAAGCAUGUUCCUGUAAGUAUUGGAGGGGUCUUGAUUCAAGAGGGAGAAUGGUUGUAUGCGGAUGGAGAUGGCAUCCUUGUCUCCUCAUCCGAACUGUCUAUUUGA